CACGGCGGAUAAAAACUACAGAGUGUUAGCUAUUUAAAAAUGUCCACGUUGUGUGACGGAGCCAAAGCAUGGCGGAGAUAACUGCAGUUGAAGAUUGUGUAUAUAGUCCCCGGAUAUGGUAUUGCGGGUGUGCGUUUCUUUGUGCGCCAGACUGAGGCGGAAUGAUAUUAAUAACACUCCGCUGCUUGGACUCGCUCAGUUACGUUCAUUCGCUGUGAUGAGUAGCGGUCCGUACUGAGUGUCAGUUUACUCUACACACGCUUCAUUUGUUUAUUUCCGCUCUUCUGUUUAAUAUUUAGCAGCGUAUUUGUUUUAUGUUAAAACUCCUAUCGUAUUGGCGCUAACGCUAAGCUAGCUGGCUAACUUUAGACUGUUUUUAAUAUCAACAUUCGUGGUUCAGUGUAGCUGGCUAGCUAACUUUUUAUGCUACAUGUUUAGCUUUCUGACUUUUUUUAGGGCGGGGAGGAGGGAAAUGGUGGUUAGCAUUUCGAAUAAGAGCAGAAUCAUGCUCAUUUACUUUGCUCGCUAAAUAGUUUCCUGAGCAACGAAGCCAGGCGCAAACAAACACAAAGGUGUCACAGUGUUGCCAAUUCUUUUCAGGGGAAAGUAGCGAAUGCAUGCUCAAGAAGUCGUCAGAUGACGUCACAGUUAUUUACGUAUUCCUCGAAUCCUUAUAACUGUUAAGGGUAUACCAUAGCGAUUUGCCAACAUUUACAAAAAAAAUUAUUUAUUAAUCAACGUGAUUUUAAACAGUUUCUAGUUAUAUUUAAAGUUGAUUUAAAUGUUUUUUUUUGUUUGUUUUACAUCCACAAAAAAAGGUAGUUCCUGUUCUCACUUGUGCGAGUGAGCAGUUACAGGUGCAUCUCAGAAAUUUUUGAUAUUGUGGAAAAGUUCAUUUUUACCCAUAAUUUUAUUUUAAAAGUGGAACUUUCAUCUGUUUUAGAUUUGUUACACGUGAAGUGAAAUGUUUAAAGCUUUUUUUUUCUUUUAAUCUUUUGUUUUAAAUUAGAAUAAAGAAUUUAUGAUACAGAAAUGUCGACUUGAGAAGAGUUCCAAUCAGUGAAUUAACUCAAAACACCUGCAAAGGUUCCAGAGUCUGGAGGAAGAGUGGAGAAGAACAGAAUCCAAUUUGCUUGAAGUCCAGUGUGAAGUUUCUACAGUCAGUGAUGAUUUGAGGUGCCAUGUCAUCUGCUGGUGUUGGUCCAGUGUUUUCUCUCAGGUCGAGAGUCAAUGCAGCAUCUACCAGGAGAUUUUUAGAGCACUUCAUGCUUCCAUGUGCUGACAAGCUUUUUGGAGAUGCUGAUUUCCUUUUCAAGCAGGACUUGGCACCUGCUCACAGUGCCAAAACUAUUAGUAACUAGUUUGCUGACCAUGGUGUUACUGUGUUUGAUUGUCCAGCCGACUCGCCUGACCCGAAUCCCAUAGAGAAUCUAUGAGAGACACCAGACCCAACAAUACAGACGAGCUGAAGGCCGCUAUCAAAGCAACCUGGGCUUCCAGAACAAACACCUCAGCAGUGCCACAGGCUGAUCGCUUCCAUGCCACACCACGUUGAUGCAGUAAUUCAUGCAAAAGGAGCCGCGACCAAGUAUUGAGUGCAUAAAUGAACAUACUUUUCAGAAGCUCGACAUUUCUGUAUUCAAAAUUCUUUACUCUAAUAAUUUGAGAUACUGGAUUUUUUUAUUUCCAUGCGCUGUAAGCCGUAAUCAUCAAGAUUUUUUUUUUUUAAAAAAGCGGCUUGAAAUAUUUCACUUCGUGUAAUGAAUCUAGAAUACAUUCUAUUCUAGAGGGGGGAGGAAAUGAACUUUUCCACAAUAUUCAGAUUUUUUGAGAUGCACCUAUAUAAACAGUCUCACCAGCCUCUCUAUUUUUCCUCUUCAAGUUUAUAAAACAAGCAAAAAUGAGCUUGUCAUGUUACCAAGAACGUUUCCCAUGGUGGAAAACCCGACUGUUACAGUGAGCUUACACCCAAACUCCUUCCAUUAUACAUGUUAAAGAAACCUCUCCUUACAGAAACUUUCACCAUAUAGAUUCUGCAUUUUUCACUGUUAAAUAACAUGUUUGAAUAUGUUUAUUAUAACUAUUAGAUUAUGUAGAGCAUCCACCAUAAAACUCCCUGUGAAUGAAGAUGUUACUAUAGAAACAGUAAUAUAUUUGAACAAGCGCAUUGAUAUACUGUAAACCUGUAAUUUGAGUUAUAGCCAGGACUGUUUUCAGACCUCUGUUCUUAAAGUCAUCUGUCCAAUCAGAUUUGAGAAUUCACCAGUGCUGUGGUAUACUAGAUUUUAAAUUUUUUUCUUAUGGAAGACAUUUUUUGAUCAUGGCACCACAAGCUAUUUAUGUAUUUAUAAAGUAAUCAUUUCUAUUGAGAAUGCAGAAAAAAUGUGAACAACCGUGAUGACUUGAUUCUUAAUACUGUGUGUUGUUACCUGGAUGAUCAACGACUGUUUUUAUGUUUGUGAUCGUUGUUCAUGAGUCCCUUGUUUGUCCUGAGCAGAAGAAGAAGGCGGCAACACGGUACAUUAACAGCCAGGGGGGUGUAAACUUUUGAACAGGAUGCUCGGAUUGUAAAUUGUUAUUUUCUUUUAAUAUUGUGUGUCAGAAGCUGCAUAAGAUAUUUACAUGUUUCCCAGAAGACAAAAUAAUAAUUUACACCGAUCAUCCUGUUCAAAAGUUUACACCCCCUGUCUCUUAAUGUAUCAUGUUGCCUUCUUGAGAAUCAGAGAAUAUUUGCACCUUUUGUAAUAAUCAUGUACGAGUCCCUCAGUCGUCCUCAGUGUGAACAGACGGAUCUCAAGAUCUUAUAGCCGCUGUUGGAAAGGGCUCAAAUAUUCAGAAGAUGCUGGAAAAGUAAAGAGUGUGCAGGACCUGGAGGAUUUUUCUGAAGAACAGUGGGCCGUUUAACUGCUCAGGACAAACAAGGGACUCAUGAAGAACUAUCACAAAACAUAAAAACAGUCGUUGAUCAUCCAGUUGUUAGCAAGGAGAACACGGGAGACCCAGGUACACUCUUUAGCCCACUGCCAGUUUAGAAACCAGAAUUUAAAAUCAGCACACAAAGAUUAAACACUACCUGGUUCGGCGUCUCGUGCUCCGAAUCCAUGCCACUAAAACGCAUUCAGAAGGGGAACACACACAGGAAAGAAAGGACAGAAGUACUCGUCCCCGCCUUCUACAGAGUGAUACACCGCAAACUGUCAUGUUAUGACAGAUGGAGGAGAGGAACCGAGGGUGGAGAGCGCAAGCAGUGCUGAACAUCGGUGCAGUAUCUGCCCUCAUACCUACAGCACCGAGAACCAGCUUCUCAAACACCUCAGAGAGCAUGAAGCCAACGACAAGCCUCACCGCUGCGAUAAGUGUCCCCAGUCAUACAACGUGGAGUUUAACCUCAUGCUGCACAAGUCGACUCACAGCACGGCCGAGCCCACCUGCCCCGUGUGUGAGAAAAAGUUCACCCGAGUCGCCAGUCUCAAAUCUCACAUCAUGGUGCAUGAGAAAGAGGAGAAUCUGCUGUGCUCGGAGUGCGGUGAUGAGUUCGUGCUGGAGAAUCAGCUCGCCCUGCACCUGGAGGAACACCGGCGAGAACUCUCCGGAACCCGGGUUUUUACCUGCAAGACCUGCAGCACUGAGUUCCCCUCGGCCAGUCAGCUGAAGGAGCACAACCGCACCCAUGCGAAGAUCAGGCCAGUUGUGAGCAGCUCACGGAACUACAAAAAGAACAUUGACCGCAGCGGUUUCACCAACACCUGCCAUCACUGUGGCAAGACGUUUAAAAAACCCAGCCAGCUUGUCCGACACAUCCGCAUUCACACAGGAGAGCGGCCGUUCAAGUGCACACACUGCGGUAAGGCUUUUAACCAGAAGGUGGUGCUGCAGACUCACAUGGUUCGCCACACCGGAGAGAAGCCACACCUCUGCAUGCUAUGCCCCGCCUCGUUCUCUCAAAAAGGAAAUCUGCACUCACACGUACAGAGAGUGCACUCUGAGACUGCAGGCACCCCCGUGUACCCGUGUAUGGACUGUAGCUGUGUUUAUAAGAAGCUGGGCAGUCUGAAUGCUCACAUCAGUAAAAUGCACAUCUCCAUCAUGGAGGUGGAGGAGUCGCCCAACACACAGGAGGGGGCAGAACCUGGGCAGACAGGAGGUGGGACAGAAGGAACAGAGGGCGUGACCGAUGUGAUCCAGCAACUGCUGGAACUUUCAGAACAGGUAACGAGCGACAGCGCUCAGGCUCCACCCCCUGGACCGAAUAUCACUAUGGAGACAGCUAUCAAUCAAGAUAUCUUGCAGCAAGCCCUGCAGAACAGUGGUCUAAGUUCAAUCCCAGUUCAGUCGGAGGCUCAAGGCAACACUGCAGUUCCUCCACUCGCCACAGAGGGCGCCAACUCCCACCCCGCUCACAUCCACAAGCCCACAGGCACCUCAGCGCACAAACUGCUGAAAAAGGAGAAGAGGAGCAUCUUUAAAAAGACUGUACAGAUUCCUGGCACUAUCAGGGAGGAGUGUGGAGUGCGCUGGCACGGUUGCCCAUACUGCUGUAAGGAGUUUAAGAAGCCGAGCGAUCUGGUGCGUCACAUCCGCAUACACACGCACGAGAAGCCGUACAAGUGCGCACAGUGUUUCAGAGCGUUUGCUGUGAAGAGCACGCUCACCGCACACACCAAAACACACUCCGGCAUCAAGGCUUUCCAGUGUACACACUGCAGGAAGAGCUUCUCCACCUCUGGCAGCAUGAAGGUGCAUAUGAGGCUGCACACCGGUGUGCGGCCGUUCCCGUGUCCGCACUGUGACAAGAUCUUCCGGACUUCGGGUCACAGGAAGACGCACAUCGCCUCGCACUUCAAAAAUCUGCAGCAGAAAAAGCACAAAUUCCCACGCAAACCGAACCGAGCGCAUGUCUCCAAACACAACCUGCCGCUUCCAGAUAUACAGCUGCAGGAGCCCAUCCUCAUCUCUGACCUGGGACUGCUGCAGAAUCAGAACUCACGUGCCGCACUUCAGCAGUAUCUGGACAUCGUGGAGAACGAGCGGCCGUACAAGUGCACUUUCUGCAACAAAGCGUACAAGAAGUCGAGCCACCUCAAACAGCACGUCAGGUCGCACACAGGUGAGCGGCCGUAUAAGUGUGUGCAGUGCAGCAAGGGUUUCGCGUCGUCAGGCGUGUUGAAGGCUCACAUCCGCACACACUCGGGCUUAAAGGCGUAUAAGUGCCUGCUCUGUGACACCACCUUCACCACCAAUGGCAGCCUGAGACGCCACAUGACGACGCACAGCGACCUCCGACCCUACAUGUGCCCUUACUGCCAGAAAACCUUCAAAUCCUCCCCCAAUUGCAGAAAGCACAUGAAGACGCACAGGUAUGAAUUGGCUCAGCAACUUCGACAGCAGCAGGGCUCAUCUGAAGCCCCGCCUCUGGAAGAUCCAAUGGGUGGGGCCAAUACUGUGGAAGUCCCAUUGGGUGGAACCAGUGCAUUAGAGGACCCAAUGGGUGGGGCUAACACAGUAACUCAUGACCUGCAGGUUGGAGCAACAGGAUUGGCCACAUCCAGUUCCAUUAUGGGGGCGGGGCCUCAGGCCAUGAUGCAAGUGGUGAGCGGAAACCAGACAGUGGCGCUAGGAGAAGCACCUAUGGUACAGGACGCAGAGUCGUUUGUGAACGCGCAGCACAUCAGCCAGUACGGGACACAGACCCUCCAACAACCUUCAUAUGACCAACCUGCACUGACACAAGGUUUCUCCAUCUCCGAAGGGUAUGCCCAGCAUCCCACUCUUUCCUCGGUGCAACAGCUGCAGGAUUCGAGCACGCUGGAGUCGCAGGCACUGAACUCCACCUACACGCAGAGCUUACUGAAUGUGCACACCACAGAGACGACGGUUUUGCUACAGGAUUCAAAUCGGACGGAUUAUCAGGAUGACGAGGACGAGGAGGAGAACAGCAAGAGGACUUACAGGUGCAACGUUUGUGAUAAAGGCUUUAAGAAGUCGAGUCACCUGAAGCAGCACAUUCGCUCACACACUGGCGAGAAGCCAUAUGGCUGCAACCUGUGUGGGCGGAACUUCGUCUCCACCGGCGUUCUCAAAUCACACCUGAACACGCACACAGGCGUGAAAGCGUUUAAAUGUAACGUGUGUGACGCCUCCUUCACCACUAACGGCAGCUUGAAUCGUCACAUGAUCAUCCACCUUAACACGAAGCCGUUCCGAUGUACCCUUUGUGAACAGAGUUUCCGCACGCACCUGCUACGCCGCAAACACAUGAAGCUCUUUCAUGCUGUCGGGCCCAGAGUUCUGGAUGGAGAUGAAGCGAUAGUGGAAGUCGAUGAUGGGGACCCCUCGCUGGCGAAGAGGAUCAGGUCGGGCAUCAUCACGUUUUCAGAGGAGCAGACAGCCGAGCUGGCUCAGAGUGACCCGGGUAAUGACGCCUCGGUUUCUGAGAAGGUCCUGAUCCAGUCUGCUGCAGAGAGAGAUCGCAUCAGUGAGAUCAAGGAUAAGAGCACGCUGGAUCUUGAGCCCAAGUUCCCCAACCGCUGCCAGUAUUGCCCAAAGAGCUUCAAAAAGCCCAGCGACCUUGUUAGACAUGUCAGGAUUCACACUGGAGAGAAGCCGUAUAAGUGUGAUGACUGUGGGAAGAGUUUCACAGUGAAAUCCACACUGGACUGCCACAUCAAGACACACUCAGGUCAGAAGCUGUUUACGUGCCACAUGUGCAGCACAGCGUUUUCCACUAAAGGUAGUCUGAAGGUGCACAUGCGCCUGCACACCGGCUCCAAACCCUUCAAAUGUCCGUACUGCGAUCAGCGUUUCCGCACGUCUGGACAUCGCAAAACACACAUGCUGUGCCACCUGAGGCACGGCCCUGAGAGCAGGAAGUCCAGGCACACCGCUCAAGGCAAUGUCAUUGCCCAGAAUACACCGGGGCAGCAGGCUCCGCCCACCGCUGCCGAAUCACUGCCUCCUGUGAGCCUCCUGCAUAGUGCGGGUGCUGACCCGAACAUCUACAUCCACAGCAGCCCAGUCCUGACAGGACAGUACGACCCAAACUUGCUGCAGCAAGGCAUCGUGGGACAGACUAUCCUUCCAGCUACCAUGUCAGCGAAUGGUGACUUGACAGUGUCUCUAACAGAAGGUUUGGCCACAUUAGAGGGGAUUCAGCUGCAGCUCGCACCAACAGGUCUGCUUUGUCCCAACGUCCAGAUAUCCGGCAUCGACCCGUCCAACAUCAACAACAUCACACUGCAGAUUGACCCUAGUAUCCUGCAGCAGACUCUACAGACCGGUGUGUUAAGUAUCGACUCCACCCUGUCGUCCCACACCAACGCACACCUGCUGGCCAGUGAUGCUACAGGACACACUAACGUUGUGAUCCAGAACCCCAGCGUUGCCAUCGGCAACCUCACAGAGCAGGAACACACAGGCUCGGAGCAGUUGGCUCAGGUGGUCGGAGCACCGGCACUGGUGGGGAACGGCAGUUCAGGAGCACCGGAGAUCACACUCACCAUCAGCAACUCACAUGCGCACACGCUCCCCCACACACAGACUGACACACACACUCAUACCGCUAAUACCAACACACUGGCCAAUAGUAACCAGGAGAUCACACUUACUAUAUCAGGUCAGGAUCUGUUGCCUCCACCAUGUGCAGGUGCAGGAGUAGAAAUGGGUGGGGCCUUGCCAUUGACCACACCUCCCUCAAGCAGCAGCUCUCUGGCUCUCAGUUCCGAGCAGCUCCUCACACAAAGCACUGCCCCCUCCAGCAUGGCAGUUACCACUCUGGCUCCCAGCACCUCUCUCUCCCAGAACAUGUCGAUGUCAUCAGGGAAUGUGACCACUGACAGCAACGUCACACUUGCGCUGGCGGAUACACAGAUGCUGGACACAGUCACACUGAACCUCAACACACAGGGUCAGCAGUUCCCAGCUGUGGUGUGUGAGGAGGGAUCAUCAGUGCAGCCUGCAAACAGGAUUCAACAGGGUACACCUCAGUCAGAGGAAACCAAGGUGGCGAAUCAGUGUUUCUACUGCAGUAUGGCGUUCCGCUCAGCGGCCGUGCUGCGCCGCCACUGGAGGAUAGCACACGGCAAAGAGCGCUGCUACAUCUGCAGUGUGUGUAACAAGGCCUUCAAACGGCAAACACACCUCAAGGAGCAUGAGUUUGUCCACACUAACGGUCCAUCUCUGAGCUCUCAAAAGCCACGCGUGUUUAAGUGUUUUAGCUGUGAUAAAGCAUUCGCCAAGCCAAGCCAGCUGGAGAGACACAUCCGCACACACACAGGUGAGCGGCCCUAUAAGUGUGAGCAGUGUGAUAAAGCGUUUAAUCAGAAGAGUGCGCUGCACAUACACACCGUCAAACACACCGGAGAGAAGCCUUACAAGUGUGAGGUGUGCAGCAUCAGCUUCACACAGAAGAGCAACAUGAAGCUUCACAUGAAAAGGUCACACGGCUUUGGUAAGCAUACGGAGGAGGGAACGGCGGUGGACCGAGAGCAGGAGUGCAUUUCUGAGGCAGCACAGCCUCCACCUCCCAGAACCGAAACGCCGGCAGGACUGCAACUGCACACAACAGAACCGGAGACACCGUCUGACUGGCAGUGUCCCAUCUCUACCGUCUUCCCCUAAACCCCGACCACACACCAUUCUCCGCUACACCUUACACACCCAUCUGCUACUCAAGUCUACUCGAUCUGAACUCUACAGCCCCACCCUCUACCCCACAGAGUCAUUCACUAAACCCCUAAACACUCAUCCCAUACUUCCUAUGCAUCUUCUAUUCUAUAUCCAUAUCUCCUACUCCAGUGGUUCCCAAACUUUUCCAGGGCAAGGCCCCCCAAAUGGCAUUAACAUUUGACCGAGGCCCCCCUUUUGCAAGAUGUUAAAAACACAUUAAAAAUACAGACUUCUGAAUAUAUCCCCCUUUUUUUUUUAUUAAUAAUUACAUCUUACAUCUUUACAUUACAUUAAAUUAGGAAUUGAUUGUGUGUGUGUGGUUGUCUGAGAGUGAGAAAGAGAAAACAUAGUAGUGGGAGGGAUCGGCACACCAAAUUGUUGAGGCCCUCCGGGCGCCCCCUGGCGGCCCCCACCUUGAAAAGCACUGUCCUAUUCUAUCAUACAUCUCCUCUGCACUCUCUUUCCCUAAAUGCCCCUAACACACACACACCCACACACACUCUCAUUCUCUCUAGUGAUUAAGCCAUUCGCACACAUCUUUCAAGUUACAUGCACUUUGAAACUCCCUCUAGGUCAGAUGUGCAUGCUUUUUAUCAGAGUUCAAAGUGAUCAAUGUUUCAUUAUAAAAACAAUAAAGCCUAGAAAAUUCGACAAUGUAAUAAUAUUCUGCAAAAGGUCAGUGAGGUUUUUUUUGUUUGUUUGUUUUUUUUUGUUUGUUUGUUUUUUUAAAUCUUCUCCACCUAACUGUAUAAGUGGCACUGUUUUAUCGAUAAUAAUUUCUUUAAAAUGGAUAUGGAAAAGGAUUGUUUUUUUUAAAAAAUAAAACAAGGUCAUUCUGUUAUAUAAUUUAAUUAUAUUUGUAUAAAGCAUUUUUUUAAUCAAAGUAUUGUCGCAUGUAAAUAAUUUAUAGGCAAGACAUGCUCAUAUAAGUGACGAAGCCUCAUUUGCCAGUGUACAAACCUUAAGCUAUAUACUUUGUCAGAUUUGCAUUUUGUAAUGUUCAGAGGUAUUUAAAAAUAAAUGUUUCCUUUUUUUAAAAAAAAAAACAAAAUGUGUAAGUUUGUUUUUUUUUUAGGGUGAAAUGGUAGAAUGAGCAAAUCCAUCCAUCCAUCCAUCCAUUUUCUGUACCGCUUAUUCUACACAGGGUUGUUGGGAGCCUGGAGCCUAUCCCAGGGAACUCAGGGCAAUAAACAGUAAAUUUUAAAUAAUGAAACAAUUAAUACUAUCUAAUUGAAUUCAAAGCCUACAUGUGGUUCCUCUGGAGAGCCUGGGAGCUUCCUUUAAUGAGGCACAUGAUGAAUGCAGUGUCAAGGUUGUGCUAAAAACCAGCCAGAAAAAGCAAAACCAUUUCUGUGACCUGAAGCGUAAUCAAUAGAAUGUGACAUGGAUGACGGAGUCAAAGCCCAUCCGAGAUCAGAUGCAGAGGCUACACUAACUGCACUGAGUAGUGUAGUGUGUAUACACAUAACC